AUGGAAGACCCGGGAGGACCAGUCUGUGGCCAGCAGAGAGUCUAUAGCCGGAUUGUGGGUGGGGUCAAUGCCCUGAGAGGGGAGUGGCCCUGGCAGGCCAGCCUGCAGCUCCGUGGGGAGCACAUGUGUGGAGGGACCCUGAUCGGUGACAAAUGGAUUCUGUCAGCUGCUCACUGCUUCAUUGGGAAAGACACGACCAAGGACCCAUCCCCCUGGAAGGUGGUGCUGGGGCGUCUGCAGCUGAUUGGUGGCCCGUUACAGGGCGUAGUGCGGAACGUGUCCCACAUCAUCACCCAUGAGCAGUACAAAGACUACACCAAGGGCUUGGACAUCGCUCUGCUGCAGCUGGCUGAGCCUGUCUCCUUCAGCCGUGACGUAGGCCCCAUCUGCCUGCCCUACCCCAACCACCGAUUCGCCUUCGGGUCCCAGUGCUGGGCCACCGGCUGGGGCAGGGUGAAGGAGGACAUGACCCUCCCACCUCCCAAGCCUCUAAAGAAGGUGGAUCUGGACCUGCUCAGUGCAGAGACCUGCAACUGCAUCCACAAUAACCUGCGCCAGAAGGAGCUCUCCAGCCCUGCCGGGCCAGGGCUGAUCUGUGCCGGGUAUCAGAGUGGGGGCCAGGGGCCCUGCCAGGGUGAUUCCGGGGGGCCGGUGGUCUGCUCCGAGAAUGGGACGUGGUUCCAGGCUGGGAUCAUGAGCUUCUCAGUGGGCUGUGCCCAGCUCCACAGCCCCAUCCUGCUGACCGAGGUCACAGCCUACACUGACUGGAUCCAGAACCACACGAGGGGAGCCUCCUUCGCUGUCCAAACUGUGCCGCCCCCCUUCAGCAGCGACCAUGGAAAAUGCAGAGGCUGCGGGAAGCUGAAGGGACAUGAGCUGAGUGUCACUGCCAAGGGACCAUGGCCCUGGUACGUGAGCCUACAAUCUGGGGGGCAGCACGUCUGUGGGGGAGCACUGAUCUCCGAGAGCUGGGUGCUGGCAGCUGCUCACUGCUUCAUCGGGCGGCAGGACCCCACAGAAUGGACGGUGCUCCUGGGUGAGUGGCGGGAUGGGGCAGAGCCACGCUGGCAAGAAGAAAGGGGCCUCCAGAAGCUCAUCCUCCAUGCAGCCUACGUGAACGUGAUCGAGGGCUCUGACAUUGCGCUACUGAUGCUCGCCAAGCCAGUGGUGUUUGGGGAGAACAUCUGGGCUGUCUGCCUCCCCUAUGACACACACCGAUUCCAGCUUGGUAGCACCUGCUGGGUCAGGGGACGAGAGAAUGCUCGGGCACCCGCACCGCAGUCGCUACAGGGCAUGGAGGUGGAACUCAUGGGACCUGUUGCCUGUAACUGCACCUACAACCAGACCAGUUCAGCUGGUGAGGUGGCAUCCAUCCUCCCAGACAUGCUUUGUGCUGCUCAACAGGAGGAGAACACCAGCUGUGAGGGAGAUGAUGGGGGGCCUCUGAUUUGCAAUGAGAAGGGCACCUGGUUCCUGACUGGCCUCUCCAGCUUUGGCAAUGGCUGCGGGAGGAAGAGCCAGCCUGGGGUGUACACAGAAGUUAGAGCAUACGAGAAAUGGAUCAUGGACCUCACACGGGAUGGUUACUUUGCCAAGCAGCCCAUGCCAGUUCCAGCGGUCAUAGAAGAGGACAGAUGCCCAAUGAAGCCUACUCCAACUUCUGGUGGAGACGGGGAAAAGCCAGUGCCAACUAGCGGUACCACAAGAAGGGAAGGUUCUGGUGGAGAGGAGGAAAAGCCAGUGCCAACUAAUGGUGGUACCACAAGCGGGGAAGGUUCCGGUGGAGAUGGAGAAAAGCCAGUGCCAACUAGUGGUACCACAAGAGGGGAAGGUUCCAGUGAAGAGUGGGAAAAGCCAGUGCCACCUGGUGGUGUGACAGAAGAGGAAGGUUCCGAUGGAGAGUGGGAAAAGCCAGUGCCACCCGGUUGUGCCAAACGAGGAGAAGUUUCCAGCAGCAAGGGGCAGAAGUCAGUCCCACCUGGUUGUGCCAAACGGGGGGAAGGUUCCAGUGGCAAGGGGCAGAAGCCAGUGCCACCCGGUGGUGCCAAACGAGGGAAAGGGAAAAAAGUGAAGGGACACAAAGGAAAGAACCAUAUCUCUUAG